AUGUCGCAACCAUGGGACUAUAUAGCGAAAAUCGUCUCCCUAGGUGACUCCGGCAGCGGAAAGAGCAGUCUCACCGUCCGCCUCUGCGAAGGCCGCUUCUCCCCUCACCACGAUGUAACCAUCGGCGUUGAGUUCGGCUCGCGCAUCGUCCCCGUCGGCCCACCCGCCUCCUUAGCCCUCAACAUCAACAACCCCUCCAAGUCCGCUUCCGCCUCGAAUCCCGACUCCCUACCCCCUCCGCCGACACGGCAGCCGCCGCAGAAGCACAUGAAGCUCAGCCUCUGGGACACGGCGGGCCAAGAAACCUACAAGAGCAUCACACGGAGCUACUUCCGCGGCGCGAGCGGCGCAUUACUCGUCUUCGACAUCACGCGACGCUCCACGUUCCUGAACGCGACGAGCUGGCUGCACGACCUGCGGCAGAUAGCGGAAGAAGGCAUCGUGAUUGUCCUCGUGGGCAACAAGUCCGACCUCGCUCCCGCGAGCACGGUGACGGGCGCGGGCCGGGAGGAGCAGAACAAGCGGCAGGUCACUAAGGAGGAGGCGGAGGAGUGGUGUAGGCAAAACAACGUCAUGCAGUAUGUCGAGACGUCUGCGAAGUCUGGGGAGGGUGUUGAAAGGGCGUUCUUGGAGGUUGCGGAGAGGAUAUAUCAGAAUAUUGAGGCGGGGAGGUAUGAUCUGAACGAUCGGAGAAGCGGUGUAAAGGGGCCGGGUGCGGGUGGAGGUAAUACGGCGAGGACGGUGAAUCUGGGGAUGAACGAUGCCGCUGCGGCCGGGAGGAGAGGGCAAGCUGCUGGUGGGUGCUGUUGA